AGGACUAGGCAGGACCAUGGGAAGAGGACUUCUCAAUGAACACAAGAGUGGGCUGUGAAUUGUUUUCCGACGACCUAAAAGAGCGCAAACACCCAUUGUGGAUAUACUUCUGAGUGUUUUAUUUCUUCUUUGUACUUUAUACUUAAACUUUACUCGGGUUUUUUUUUUGUCGUUGAAAAGAUGAUGUUGCGCUUCGGGUUUUGGGAAGUGAUUUCCUGUCGGUGCUUGGGAAGGAGAAAGUUCCUCACCCUGGUCUGGUUCACUGUUUAUCCCAAAGUACAGAGGAAUUAAAGUGAGUUUUCUUAAGAGUUUACACAUUUCCUAAAACUCUCUUCGGAUAACCUGACAGGACUACAACCGCCUCGCGUGGAAAAAACAACAGUGGGACUUGGACGCACGCGAUUUACAACAAAGAAAUCCUCCCAACAACCGGAUAAGUUAGUCAGUAGAGAAUAACUCCACUCGGCUUUUGGAGAUUUGGGUGGAUUUGUAGCGUUUGGAGACACGUUUCCCGUCCUAUGAUGGAAAGGGAAUUCUAAAUGAGAGGUUUGGCAAACAAAGAAGAACCGAACAGAAGCACAACAGGAGGGAAAAAAAAGCCCGACGAGAAAUGGAGGAGGAAGGAACACUGGAGCCAAACCAGAUCCUGGGAAAGGUGUCGUUUUUGUCCUUAAUGUUUCCUAUAUUUGUGGAAAUACUCCAAUAACAAACACUACACUGACCUAUCUGUCCAUCAGUCGUAUUUAGUGUGUAUUCCCUUCCCUAAUGCUGCAUUCUGCCUGUGUUCGAGUGUGAAAAUGAGGGUGGAUCUGUUGCAGUUGUUUGUGAUUUUGCUGCUGUGUGGCAGCGGUGGUGACUCGGCUCAAUUAUCUGAUUGUAAGCCAAAUGUUGAACGCUCAAAAAGCAGUGGGAAAAGCCUGACGACCGACAGGAAACUGGUGUGCAGCAACAUGGAGCUCCAUCAGGUGUUACCCCCGGAUUCCAUCCCCAACAGAACACUCACCCUAAUUCUAAACAACAACAAGAUUCAGGAACUCAGAAAUGGCUCCUUCUUUGGAUUGUCCACUCUGGAGAAAUUGGACCUGCGGAAUAACAUGAUCAGUCGUAUUGAACCAGGAGCUUUCCUUGGAUUGCCAUCACUCAAAAGACUAGACUUGUCCAACAACAGCAUCGGGUGUCUCAACGUUGACAUCUUCAAAGGUCUCACCAAUCUGAUCAGACUAAACCUUUCAGGGAACAUUUUCUCCUCAUUGGCUCAGGGAACCUUUGACAGCCUGACAUCUCUGAAGUCUCUGGACUUUCAGACGCCUUACCUGCUGUGUGACUGCAACCUUCUGUGGCUGUUGCGCUGGAUCAAAGACCGAAACAUCGCCGUCAAAAACACCAAGUGCUCCUACCCUCAGUCGCUCCAGGGCCAGUUCAUAACCUCAAUCAGACCGGAGCUCCUCACCUGUGAUGCACCACUCGAGCUGCCUUCGUUCCAGCUGACUCCGUCCCAGCGUCAGGUCGUCUUUCAGGGGGACAGCCUUCCUUUCCAGUGCCAGGCCUCCUUUGUUGCAGAGGACAUGCAGGUCCUGUGGUACCAGAACGGCCGCAUGGUCAAGCCUGACGCCGCCCAAGGCAUCUUCAUCGAGAAGCGUAUGGUGCAGAACUGCUCUCUGAUUGCUAGCGCCUUGACCAUCUCAAACAUCCAGCCUGGUUUUACUGGCAACUGGGAGUGUCGGGUUUGGACCAGUAGAGGCAACACCACCAGGACCGUCCACAUUGUGGUGUUGGAGAGUUCUGCCAAAUACUGCGCUCCUGAACGUGUCUCCAACAACAAGGGGGAGUUCAGGUGGCCACGCACCCUGGCAGGAAUCAGAGCAUACCUUCCCUGCAGCAGACUGUCCUCAAGUGCAGCCACCUACUCGGGCAGCUCUGGCGAGGAGCAGCGGGCAUGGCGCUACUGCGACCGGGACGGACUGUGGGCUGAAGAGGACUACUCUCGCUGUCAGUUCCAGAAAGAUGUCACCAGGUUUCUCUACGUCAUCAACCAAAUGCCUCUGAAUGAGAGCAAUGUUGUUCCGAGGGCUCGACGCCUUUUGGUCUAUACCGUUGAUGCCGCCAACUUCUCAGACAAGAUGGACAUUAUCUUCGUAGCUGAGAUGAUAGAGAAGUUUGGCAAGUUUGUUGAGAAGUUUAGAGAGCUGGGUGAGGUGAUGUUAAGCAUGGCGAGUAACUUGAUGCUUGCUGAUGAGAAGGUGCUUUGGACGGCGCAGCGUGAAGCCAUGGCCUGCUCCCGCAUCAUCGCCUGCCUCCAGAAGAUCGCGGUCUACCGCCUGGCUACAGCACAGGCUUUCUCACUUACAUCUCCAAACAUAGCCAUGGAGGCCCACGCUGUCAGGAUUAAUGACUGGAACGGCAUGACCUGUAUGUUGUUCCAGAGACCCAGCCCCGAGCGCACACCCAGCCACCUCACCUUCAAAUGCAACACCACCAGCUCCUUCUCCAGCAUCCUGUACAAGAGCACAGUCGUCGAGGCUUCUCUGCAGCUUCCUCAGUCUCUGCUUUCCCAGUCAGCCCCCCCCGGUCCAGCUGAAGACACCAUCUACAAGCUCUACCUGCUGGGCUUCCGCAACGGGAAGUUUUUUCCUUCCACUGGCAACUCUUCACAGCUGGCUGACGGAGGGAAGAGGAGGACUGUGACCACCCCUGUCAUCAUGGCUAAGAUAGAUGGCUUGUCCCUACGUGGCCUGCGGACCCCUGUUAACAUCACCCUGCGGCGGCUCGCACGUGGCUCGGAUCCUGUGUCCGCAUGCUGGAACUUCAGCUUGGUGGGAGGCCAGGGAGGAUGGCAGAGUGACGGCUGCCGUAUACUGGGACAUCACGACAACUUUACCACCAUAUCCUGCAACUCACUGGGCAACUACGGCCUCCUCAUGGACCUUAACAAGAUGGAUUAUUUCCCUCCAAGCAUCCAUCUGCACCCAGUCAUCUACGCCACUUCUAUCAUACUGCUCCUCUGCCUGCUCACUAUUAUUAUCAGCUACAUCUACCAUCACAGAUCUGUCCGCGUGAGCCGCAAGUGUUGGCACAUGUUGGUCAACCUCUGCUUCCACAUCUCCCUCACCUGCGGGGUCUUUGUAGGUGGCAUCAAUCAGACCAGCUAUCCAAGCGUCUGCCAGGCAGUGGGCAUUUUGCUGCACUAUUCAACCCUGGCUACAGCUCUGUGGGUGGGUGUGACCGCUCGUAACAUCUACAAACAGGUGACGCGCAAGGCCAAGCGCUACGAAGAGCUGGAUGAGCCACCGCCUCCACCACGGCCAAUGCUCAGGUUCUACUUAAUUGGCGGAGGGAUACCUAUCAUUGUCUGUGGCAUCACUGCAGCAGCGAACAUCAAAAACUAUGGCAGCCGGACAAAUGCGCCUUUUUGCUGGAUGGCAUGGGAGCCGAGCAUCGGGGCCUUUUAUGGUCCAGUAGGAUUCAUCAUCUUUGUGGACUGCAUGUAUUUCCUCAGUAUCCUGCUCCAGUUGCGCCGUCACCCGGAACGCCGUUACGAGUUUAAGGAGCUGACUGAGGAGCAGCAGCACCUGGACUCAGCCAAUACUGACACCGGGCCAAAUGGUCCCAGCAGCCACCACCACCCACUCACCCUCCAGCUCCAGCCACAUGAGGCGUCCUCCUCCAUAGUGUCUCCUCCACAUACUGUGCCUAUGGCGGCCCUGGAGAAUGAGCACACCUUUGCGGCCCAGCUGAUGGGGGCAGCAGGAGCCUUAGGGCUAUAUGCGGCCCUCUGGGUGUUCGGGGCCAUGGCCGUUUCACAGGACCACCCCUUUGAUUUAGCUUUCACCUGUCUGUUUGGGGUGGCUGCACUGGCACUGGGGGCGUUUAUGUUGGCGCAUCACUGUGUCAACAGGCAGGACAUGAGGCGUUAUUGGUCGCAGGCUUGUUGUUCAGGGAGACGGGCCUAUUCAGCUCAGGAGGAUGUCCUUUUGCCUCAGCCAGGCGUGGCAAUGACAUCCACGGCAGGAACCGCUAACAAGGCAGAUGGAGAGUCUGCAAAGUGUGGCCACAGCAGUGCCGAAUCUUCCUACACAAAUAAAAGUGCCCCAAGCAUUCGCACCUCCGCCCAAGGUAGCAAGCUGACCAAUCUGCACGCAGAAGCAGCCCAGUGUAAGUCGGCUUCUGCACCGGUGGUAGCCAACGGUGCGGCCAUUCUGGACAACAGCCUGACUGAACAUUCAGUAGACAAUGAAAUUAAAAUGCACGUAUCACCAGUAGAGGUGCAGUUCCGCCCAAUGAACAACAUAACCAAUCCAGCAGCCGCCACCAACGGGCACACGAGCAGGCAUCACAAAAACAGAGUGCGAGCGCACCGGGCAAGUCGGUUAACCGUGCUGCGAGAGUACGCUUAUGAUGUACCUACCAGUGUGGAGGGCAGCGUGCAGAGCGCCCCCCACAGACGGCACCACCAUUAUGACAUAGCAGCACGCAACAGCAGACGGGCAGCCUAUAUGGCCUACAGGGAGCGGCAUCAGAGCCAGAUGCAGCAGGACAGCAGUGACAGCGCAAGCCUUCCACGCCGCUCACGCUACGCCGAUAAGGGAGGUGGGAGCACGCUGGGGAAUGGGUCACUGGGGAACGGGUCACUGGUGACGGUAGAGGCUGAGCAGGUGAUGACUGCCGCAGCAUCGAGCUCAAGUAAAGACUCUAGUAACGCAAAGCAGCCCAGCAGCACAGAACUAGAAAGUCAGCCCAAGUCAUACGGACUGAACCUGGUCACUCAAAAUGGAACACUUAAAGACAAUGGACAGACAGUGCCUUUAAUUAGCACAGAGAGCACAGGCAGCAUUAAGACGGGCUUAUGGAAGCAUGAAACUACUGUGUAGUGACAGUUUCCUUUCCAAAGACUGCAUCUUUAACGUGCUGUUUCUUUAAACUGUGAAUGAUUUUGGGAGAGUUUUCCAAGAAAAAUGUACAAUCAAGAAGACUCUGUUGAAAGUAAUUCCUGGACACAUAGCCACAUUGCUGCCACUCAGUUUUGUAGAUAUUGUUUUGUAAAUUGUCUAUUUUUUAUAACUUUUAAUCCCUUUUAUAUCAUUUGUGAUUUCUGUACAUGAAAUGGCAUGUUCUGAGCUCUGACCCAGUGCGUACUGUUAUGGGCUUUUCCAUUCUCUAGUUUGUCCCAAUAAAACACAGUUCCUUAA